AUGGACCAUGUGCCGGCUCGAGUUCUUGCCGUGUGCCUCAUGGCCUUGCUGCCUGGCUGGGCCAGUGCCCUUGGCUCCAUGUCGUCCAUUGCGGUAUCCUAUGGGGAGGACGGCCCGGUGUUCUGUGGCCUCAACUCCGACGGCUCCCACCUCGUUGCUGGCGACCCGCCCAACAUCCCUUUCCUUGGCCUCACGGCGGGGGACGGGUUCGUGUGCGGCCUCCUGCUCGACACCAGGCAGCUGUAUUGCUGGGGGAGCAACUCCUAUGUCAAGAGCGGGGUGCCGCAGCCGAUGGUCGAGGGCGCGAGGGGUACUCUGAGCUCAGCGCGGGGGACAGCCACCUCUGCGCGCUGCGAGCUGCGGCUGAAGAUGGGGGCCGUGGACGGUGUUCUGCUGGGGCGACGAGGCGGUGAGUGGUGUCGUUCAGUCGUUGGGCCAGCGCCGAGGGAUGUGCGCUUCCAGUCUAUAGGCGCAGGUGGUUACCUUGUCUGUGGGGUGUUGGAGAAUGCACAGGUGUUCUGCUGGGGCAGGAGCUUGGAAAUGCAGCAGGUGGCACCAUCCAGUGCUAUCGGCGAUGGUGAUGUGAACAUAGUGCCGAUGGAUGCGAUGGUCGCUUCCAUGCUUGUGGCAUCAGGAGCCUUGACCACCAGCACAUCACCACCGAAGGGGAUGAAGAUGUAUGCGCUUGUGGCUGGGGACUACUUUACUUGUGGAGUGCCUGCCGAGACUUCGCUGAUGCCAGGCAACAGUGGGCCAUUGGCAUUACCGAUGGCCGUACCUCCUGGGAUUUGUGUACCUACCGCAUGCAGCCAAGGGUACUAUUAUGUGAACCAUGGUGAGGUUGGCAGCAUCAAGGUGUGUAAGCCUGCUAACUCUAGACUCUGCUUGCCCUGUAGUACAGGUUGCCCAGAAGACUCGUAUGAGUCAUCUCCUUGCAAUGCAAAAGCUGACCGUGUUUGCCAGUUUGACUGCUCGAGGUGUGCCACAGAUGAGUGCCUGUCAUUCUGCUUAUCACAGAAGCAGACCAAGAGCCGCAAGUUGAUGGCUUUUCAGAUGCGCAUCUUUGUAGCAGAGAUUGUGUUUGCCGUCAUCUUGGUACUCAGCGUGUCAGUAAUCUCUUGCCUGUAUGUCCGGCACAAGCUUCGACAUUGCCAAUGUUCAAAUAGGGAGCUGAGACUGGCUAAGAGCACAGCGUACUCUUUCCGGAAGGAUAACAUGAGGAUCCAGCCUGAUGUGGAGGAUUUGAAGAUCAGGAGAGCUCAGGAAUUCUCCUAUGAAGAGUUCGAGCAGGCAACUGGCGGCUUCUCAGAGGAUUCACAAGUUGGCAAAGGCAGCUUUUCAUGUGUAUUCAAGGGCAUACUGAGAGAUGGGACGGUGGUUGCUGUGAAGCGUGCAAUAAAAGCAUCAGAUGUGAAGAAGAGCUCAAAGGAGUUUCACAAUGAACUUGACCUCCUAUCCAGGCUCAACCAUGCACAUUUGCUGAACCUGCUUGGUUACUGCGAGGAUGGCAGUGAGAGGCUCUUGGUUUAUGAGUUCAUGGCUCAUGGAUCCCUGUACCAGCAUCUGCAUGGCAAGGAUCCAAACUUGAAAAAGCGACUGAACUGGGCAAGGCGGGUCACCAUUGCUGUCCAGGCUGCUAGGGGAAUUGAGUACUUGCAUGGCUAUGCUUGCCCUCCUGUAAUUCAUCGGGACAUCAAGUCGUCAAACAUAUUGAUUGAUGAGGAUCACAAUGCGCGUGUUGCUGACUUUGGUCUAUCUAUAUUGGGUCCUGCAGAUAGCAGUACCCCACUGUCCGAGCUGCCAGCAGGGACUCUUGGCUACCUUGAUCCUGAGUACUACCGUCUCCAUUACUUGACUACAAAAUCUGAUGUCUACAGCUUUGGGGUUGUUCUCCUAGAGAUACUAAGUGGCAGAAAAGCGAUCGACAUGCAGUUCGAGGAAGGGAACAUUGUUGAAUGGGCAGUACCACUGAUUAAAGCAGGGGACAUUUUUAGGCUCUCCUUGUUUCUAGCUCUAGUGGUCAUCCGCGCGCAUUGCGUUCUCGUCUGUGGGAUGGCACGGACCAGUCGGAGGUCGUGGCGUGCGCGUGGUAGAAGUAGUGGCGACCUGUAUACUCCAGUCGUGGGAUGGCGCGGCAAUGGCGGAGCGUGGAGGGCGUCGUUCUCGGCUCCGGCGAAGGACGCCGGCGAGACGACGACAACAAUUUUUGCCAUCCUUGAUCCAGCCUUAUCACCUCCCUCAGACCUUGAGGCCCUCAAGAAGAUUGCUUCUGUGGCAUGUAAGUGUGUCAGAAUGCGGGGGAAAGACCGGCCUUCCAUGGAUAAGGUGACAACAGCUCUAGAGCAUGCCCUUGCACUGCUGAUGGGCAGUCCCUGCAUUGAGCAGCCCAUUCUGCUGACUGAGGUUGUUCUUGGAAGCAGCCGCAUGCACAAGGUAUCACAGAUGUCCUCUAACCACUCUUGCUCAGAGAACGGGCUUGCUGACGGGGAGGACCAGCGGAUUGAGUACAGGGCACCUUCCUGGAUAACUUUUCCUAGCGUGACCUCAUCACAGAGGAGGAAAUCAUCUGCAUCCGAAGCUGACAUCGUUGGCCGAAGGACCACAGAUGGUAGGAAUGUCGGGAGCAGCAUAGGUGAUGGACUGCGGUGA